AUGCCGCUUUCCUCCUCUUCCUGCUGGGUGGAGCUGGGGCAACGGGGAAGGAGGACAAAGUGCCCACUGCCCUAUGAGACUCGCCGGAGUUGGGCCACGUCGCUUCCGUCGCCCCGGCUCCAUGGAGAGCAGUGCAGCCCGGCUCUGGUGGGGCUGAUGGGGCAGCAGGCACUUCGCCCUUGCACUACCGCCCCAGCUCUGCCGAAAGUGGCACGGCUUGGCUCCGGCAGGUGUCAGAUGGCAGCGGCCGCUUUGCCCCCGCCACGGCUCCACCAGGGCUUGCAGGCACACUGCCCUUCCUGCGCUGCUGCCCUCCUCCUCCUCCUCCAACUGGACUACGAAGCCCUGCGGCAGCGGUCCAGGGAGAUUCGUCCAGCCCUCCGCCACCAGCAGCGCCCUCCGGAGUUGGUGUUCCACAGCGCCCUUUUUGUCCUGGUGCACACGCGCAGGCGCACCAGGAUAAAUCCUCUCUUUGCAGGGAAUUGGACAAGCCGCGCACGUUCUCAAGGCGCUGCAAUGCAAAGGCUGUUAGGAGCGGAUGACGUACAGCUGACUGACGGUGAGAAGAUGAAUCUUCCGUUGGGAGAAUCAGAGCAGAGCGAACUCAAUGGGGCAUUAGCAAGUAAAAUUAAAGGUUCACCAGAGAUACAGGAAGCCCAUGGAAGUCAGCAUGGACUAGAAAAUUGUGGGGACCUUGAUCCGGUGAGAAAAGAUUCUCUUUUGGGUGGCCAAAGUUCUGAAACAGCCUUCUGUGGAAGAGGAGCGAGUGGCACUGACUCUCUGGAGAGCUGGCCAUCCCAGAGAAGAAAGAAGCAGUUUGUGUGCUCGGAAUGUGGGAGAACUUUUAGUCGGAGUUCAACCCUGGCAAACCACAGGACCACGCAUACAGGCGAGAAGCCACAUCAGUGUCUAGUUUGUGGGAAAUGCUUUGGAUAUAAAGCGCUUCUUCUUCGACAUGGAAAAUCUCACUCAAAAGAAAAGCCAUACAAACGCUUAGAUUGUGGGAAAACCUUCAGCUACAAUACUGUUCUUUCAAUCCAUGAACGAAACCACACAGGAGAGAAGCUGUACACUUGCUCAGAGUGCGGGAGAAGCUUUGAUCAGAAAACACGUUUUGUAAAACAUUGGCGGACCCACAACCCAGAGAAAAUGUUUCCCUGCUUGGAGUGUGACAAAAGCUUUGCAAGUCGAUCUACGCUUUCUGCCCACCAGAGAAGUCAUACUGGAGAGAAACCAUAUGAAUGCUCUGAAUGUGGGAAAACUUUUAGUCAGAAAUCUCACCUGACCAUCCAUAACCGAACUCACACUGGAGAGAAACCACAUUCCUGUUUGCGUUGCGGGCAUAGCUUCAGUAGAAAAUUCGAUCUUCUCUUACACGAGAGGACACAUACGGGUGAGAAACCCUACCGGUGCUCAGAAUGUGGGAAGAGCUUCUGUCAGAGCUCCCAGCUUUUUGUCCACAGAAGAAUCCAUACGGGAGAGAAACCGUUCAAGUGCUUAGAAUGUGGGAAAAGCUUCCGUUGGGAAAGCAGCCUCAAGAUGCAUGCAAAAAUCCAUGCAGGAGACAGGCCGUAUGCCUGCUCAGAUUGUGGCAAAAGCUACACUAGGUCGUAUGACUUCAUUAGGCACACAGAAACCCACACAGGAAUGAAACCACACAAGUGCUCAGAUUGCGGGAAAAGGUUUAGUAAUAGGUCGAUACUUGUUGAACAUAAGAGGAUACACACUGGAGAGAAACCGUUUAAAUGUUCAGUGUGUGGGAAAAGCUUCAGUCAGAAGUCGAACCGCAAUACGCACAUGAGAAUUCAUAUCAGAGGAGAUCCGGGCCAGAACUCUGAAAAAUUAAGCAAUGGGAAUGUUGCACCAGUACCAUUUAAGGAAGAUUGUUAGGUAGAUUCCCAGAUAUUAGCGUUUCCUGUUUAAUGAUGCAUUUGUAGUAGGAGACGUUGAUAUCGCUGUAUCUGUCAUUCUCUUCUUUCCUCAGUCCUGCUGCCUGUGCAUUUGAUUCCAUUGAUAGUAAUAUCCUUGACAGCUGGAAGAGAGUAGUGGAGAGCGGAGACCACUUGCCGAGAUCCCUGGUCUCUGUGCUAUGGGGACCUACCGUGUUCGAUCUUGUUCCUGUGAUACUCAAGAGCUACAUGAAACUGCUGGAAGGCCUUGUCCAAAAUUCUUUGCAGCUGAGUCAAAUUGCCCAUGGACAUUUUUAACCAAUACUUGGCGGGGGCCAUGGCCUGAUGUGAGGGUCAACAAACUGGAGCUCAAUCUAAAUAGGAGUGAGCUGUUGCUGUUUGAUAAUACUGCUAAUCUGGGGGUGAAAGAUUUGGCUUGUUGUGGACAGGGUUGCACCUGUCCUAAAAGAGGAGGUUCUCUGCUUUGGGGGUACUGAUAGAUCCAUGAAUACAACUGAUGGCGCAGGUCUGCUCCUUGACAAACAACACCGUUCGCUCAUUGGCAGACUGACUGCAGCCUUUCCUUGACAAGCGUGAUCUGACCGCAGUUCUCUACGCUCUGAUAACAUGCACAGUGGACUACUAUAAUGUUGCUGUUUUGGGGGCUGCCUUUGAAGGCUGGAGAAGCUUUAGUUAGUGCCAGGAACGGCACGUGGAUGGUCAGCCAGCAUGAAGAAAACAUUUUACCUGUAUUGAAAGUCCUGCAUUGGUUACCUGUUUGUUUCCAGGCACAAUUCAAAUCAUUAGUUAUUGUCUGAUGAUGUUUUAUAAUUGCCUGUUUGCUCACCACAAUAUAAUAUUAUAAUCUCUGGGGUCCUCCAUGAUUUCCCAAUGAAGAGAGUGGUGUAGUUAUUAGUGUGUUGGAUUAGGAUCUAGGAUUAGACAUUUUUAGUGUAGGAAGUAACCUUCCUUUUGGUUCCGCCCAUUAGAGAACCAGUGUGGUGUAGUGGUUAGAGUGUUGGAUUAGGAUUUGGGAGAGCCAGGUUAGAUUCCUCCAUCUGCCAUAGAAGCCUACUGGGUGACCUUGGGCCAGUCGCACCCACUCGGCCUAAAAUGCCUCACAGGGUGGUUGUGAGGAUAAAUUUGAGAAGAGAACAAUGUAGGCUACUUUGGUCCCCAAUGAGGCAAAAGGUGGGGUAUAAAUGAAGUAAAUAAAUAAAUAAGAGGCAUAGUUAGUUUCCACUAGGGAGAUGUCUUCAUGGGGCACCCCAUUGACGCAACUCUCGGUACUUACCUGGUGCUUCCCUCUAGUUUUAUUGGUAAUGUGAAAAGUUUUUCUUCAGGCCUUUGAUUGACAUUUUGUUUGACUUGCAUUGCUUUUAUUUGAUUGGGGUGUGUGAUUUUAUUAGGCAAUGUAAUUUUUUAUUAUGAUUUUAAUCACAUUUAUCGUUUUAAUGACUAUUAGGGGCUACUGGCUAUGUUGCCUUGUAGCUUCAGUUGAGUGUGUUUGCCCGAGUGAAUUUCUAAUGAAGCAAGGUUUCUAUUUUGGUGUAACGCAGAAGGAGGGAAGCAGGUGAGAGCGACGGGACCUCAGAAGGAAUUGGGUCCUACUUUACUCCUCACUGGAAAAUCCAGACUCUGAGAUGUUGCUGGGAAGGCAAAUCUGGAGAGAAUAUUAGUCAGCACGGAAUCUGAUGGUGCUUGCUGAGAUGGAUUUGUUUGACGCUGUGGAUGCCGUCUUUCAUUACAAAAAUGGUGACCUGUUAAUAGAACGCUUAAGAAAAAGAAAACUUUCCAAAUUUUGUUUUUAAGCCUAUAAAUAUUUAACAGACUAGUUCUCUACAUUCUGUAUUUCAAGAUAAGUUUUAUAGGGGGGGUCGUAGUUGGACACUGGGGAUGCUUUCAGGGUUGUGGGUUGAGAAGGGAGAUGUUGGCAUAUGGAGAAAUAAAUUAUUAUAAUACUGAA